CCCUUCGCGUUCACUUUCCGUUCAUCUGCCUUUCUCUCUCUUCUCCGUGAGCCCCAGCGGCCACUUUUAAUUCUCCUCUUAUUCAGUUCCCUACGAUCCUUUUCUAUUCUUAAUUCUUACUCUUCGAGUCGGCUGUGCCUUGAACAUUCACUGCUAUCCCCCUUUCGUUUUGUAAAUCCUAAUUGGUUGUGUGAGCUUUGAAGCAAGCUAUGCAUCUCAAGCACGUUAUUGCUGCCCUGGCGGCGUUUAGUUCGUUGGCUGUGGCGGCGCCUGCUCAGGACGCGAAAGCCGCGGACAAGGGGCAAGGACAAAACCAGAACCAGAACCAGAACCAGAAUCAGGACAAGAACAAUGCCAAAGGCAACAAUAACAACAGCAAGAACAACAACAACAAUAACAACAAGAACAAUGGCGAUGUCAACAUUAUCCAAAACAUCAUAAAGCCUAACAUCAUCGUCGUCCAGGAGAACCUCGACAAGAUCAACCAGCUGCAAAGGCAGAACGAGAGAGAGCUCGCUGCAUUGGUACAGUCUCAGCUCGCACUUGCGACGCAGCUGCAAACCGUCAAGGACAAUAUCCGGAUUAAUCAUUUCAAGGCACAAUUUCCUCAGGCGAACACCAUCAUCGUCACCGUCACCGGCCUAGUCGACAAUAGAAACCAGGGGCAACAGAACAAGCGAUACCUUGUCAACCAGCUCCUCGCAGACAAUGGGCAGGCAGGGAAACAGACGCUCGUCAUGGUAACAGACCCAACCAACCUUGAAAUCUCGACACCGCAGGCAGCAUCGGCCCAAGCAAACGCCUUUGGCGCCGCCCGCGUGCAGCUCGAGGACUCAUCUUCGUCUGCUGGAUCCAAUACGUCCGACUUCAGCGCCCAGGCCGUUGGGUCCGCCCCCGCCGACAACACUCUCAGUCUCGCAGCCUUCAACCAGGCAGCCCCCUUUGGUCAGGUAGGCCAGAGCAUCAUCCUCCCCGCAGGCACGCAGGCGCCACAGCUGCUCUCGGUCCCGGAUCCCGCCGCCAUAAUCCUGCCGCAGCAACAGGGCCUCUUUGUCCAGAAUGCGGGGACAUUCUUGACCGAUUGCGCGACGUCUGCCGCCAACGCUGCCAACGGAAACCCGGCGCUGGCCGGGGCCGCGGCGCAGAUCUUUUCGAGCUUUGAGCAGAUUGCCGCCGCGCAGCUGGCCGGGUUGUCCGGGCUGGGCAUCUUCAAUGGGAACAGGGGCAACAACACGGCGCAAGCACCACCGCCGCCUCCUGCUCAGGCGCAAGGUCAAGGCCAGAAUCUGGGAAGCAUUGCCGUCGGAGCGAACCAGGGAGGAAUACAGCCACCUCCGGCAGCAGCAGCUCAACCUCCAGCGCAGGUCGCGACGCCGCCGCCGCCUCCGGCCCAGGCUCAGGGUCAGCAAGGCGGACAGAACCUGGGAAGCAUCGCGGUCGGCGCGAACCAGGGGCAACCUGCUCCCGCCGCUGCUCCAGCUGCCGCUCCCGCCGCGGCACAGCCUCCCGCCCAAGUAGCAGCGCCGCCGCCGGCGUCGCAGAAUGCUCCGGCAGCACAGCCGGGAGCAGCCAUCGUUGACGGAGCCAACCAGGCCGUCGCACCGGUGCAGUUUGGAAAGAAUCCCGGUACACCCCCACAAGCGGCGGCGCCGGCUUCGGCACCAGCGGCGGCCCCGCCUGCUCAGGGAAACACUGGGUCCGGAGUGGUGAUUGUGGGAUCGAAUCCCGGGGGCCAGAGCGUUACACAGCCGGCUCCGGCUCCACCUGCGGCGGUUGCUGCUGGUGCGAAUCAGGCGCAACCUGCUGCCCCGCCCGCGGCGUGA